AAUUACCAUUAUUACGACAAUGCUGAACAGAAAAUCUUGGUUCAUCGUAAUACUUGGCUUAAUUUCCACCGUCGCAAUUGAUGCCAUAGAUUCAAGUGUAUUUGAUCCGGGUUUCAGCAUUGAAGAAUCUAUUCUGGUACCGGAAAUCAAACCACCUACUCUUCCGGAGAUAGAAACUAAAGAAGAAGACAAUAUUUUUGAUGUUGAAAGUGCUAUAUCAAGUUAUCUGGAAGACUGCUAUCAUACAGUGACAGUCACCGCGACGGAGACCACACCAACACAAAGCGUAGAGAAGAAAUCUAAUCUCCCAGUUUCCUCGAGAGUUUCCAAUUCAGAGGAACGGUUUGGAGAACGGACAGAGCGGACGAAUUAUCUCACUGGAACGGAUUAUCCUAAAGAAAAUAUUUCGGUAGCUGUUGGAAAAGCAUCUGCGUUCAGCCGGCCUAUUAUCAUUAUUAUUUCUGUGUCGUUUGCGUCUGCCUUACUCUUUGGUAUUUUCCUCUUUUACAGAAUGUUUUCCUCAUGA